AAUUCAAAGAAGACAAUUGUCGAAGGAAGACGUAUAGGUGUCAGCAAAGCACGUGAGAAUCCUACGUGUGUUGAGAUUGGGGAUUGCUGCAGCCAUCUCGUACUGCCUUUUGCUAUUGAGAUUUAUAAAGCUUAUCCUCGUGAUUUCAUUCAAAGAGGGAGGGUGCGGGUUCUGCUGAAGAAGGAGGAUGGAACUCUGUCUAAUCCAGCUAUUACUUCCAGAAAACAACUGAUGCUUCGUAUAGCCGAACUUGUUCCUAGACAUCCUGGGAGGACAAAGAAGCAGGAGCCUGCAUCAUCAUCAACUGCAGGACCUUCAAAAGGCAAGGGUGGUAGAAGGAAGAAAUAG